AUGUAUCCCGGCUAUGAUGUGUCUUCUAUGGCCGCUCCAAAUCGUGCAAUUGGUUUUGGUUUCGAUAAUAAUUAUUUGUAUCAACCUGGACCAGUUGCAAAUGGUCCAAGUGGACAGCGACCUUAUGCAUUCCAUAAACGAAAUGAACGUAUUGAUUGGCGCCGAAUAGCUGCAUUUGAUGUUGAUCGUAUUGCACGUGAAAUGGAUUUUCAAGCACUACAAGAAAAUCUAGAACAAAUAACAUUCUGUAAUAUUGACGCUGAAGUGGAUACACGUGCUAUAGAUCCAAACUUUGUCAAAUUAUUCAAAAUGGCACAGUUGACAAUUGACUAUCUGCUGCUAUGUCAAGAGCAAAUCUCAGCGCAAUUAUCAGAAUUUUACCUAAUAAAAAACAAAAGUGCCGUGGAAGGUGAAGACGCUAGACGUCAAAUUGAAAAGUUGAAAACAGAACUGAAUGAUGUUAAAAAAGAAUCGAGAAAACGACGAAAAAUGUUAGAAACACAACAAAAUAUGUUAUCAGCCCAAAAUUAUAAUUAUCAUGUUUGUCCAGUAUGCUCAAGAGCGUUUCUAAACGCUGGAUUUCUUCAAGCACAUUUGGAACGUCGUCAUACAGGCGUAGAUGUUAAAAAACGAGAACAUGAUAUUGAUUCAGAAAAAGAACUUCAACAGUUGAAAGAACAAAUUAGAAAAAAAGAGGAAGAACUGAUGCUUCUCCGGCUUUCAAAAGACGAAAUUCAAGCAGCUCAGAAAAGAUUAGACGAAUUAAACGAGAAAUAUCUGACAUUACGUACGAGCGGACAAGGUUCACCUCGACGUCGCGACGCUGGCGUAACAGAAUUAUUAAAAGAAAAUAAAAUUUUACGAGCAGAAAAUGACAGUCAGAAGCAAACUAUACAACAAUCAGAGGCAAAUUAUAGAAAACGAGAAGAAAAACUUAUUCGAAAACAUCAGCGUGAAAUUGAGAGUUAUAAAAAAACAAUUCAAGAUUUGAACGAUACAAUUAAUAUGCUUAAAAAUUCGGGUAGUGAAACAAGUGAUUUAGUUGAUAAACUGAGUAAAGCUGAAAAGCAUUAUCGAGAAGAACGGUUACGGCGAAAAGAGUUGGAAGAUAAAUUGAAAGAAGCUAAUGAUGAAUUAGCACAAUUAAGAAAUCGUCCACCGGUUGAUCAUCGAAAACCUAUUCCGCCGGUGGCACCAAGAAAUCCUUCACCGGCACCAUCACCUCAACUCAUAAUACGUCCAAGACCAGUUGACUUAUAUCUACCACGAUAUUGCGGAGGAUUGAUUAAAAAACUAAAUGAAAAUCCAACGUACUUGCAUAAAUUUCAAGAAGAAGCACGAAAUGAAUUUAUUGAGGAAAUAGAAAAUCAAAAAUAUUUAGGUAUAUCACAGAAUGAUACGCGUCUUAAUGAUCUCGAAUACAAGAAGAAGAUGAAGCUAGUAUUAGAUACAAGAGCAACAAUUCAUCACGAUUUGUCCAACUUCGGUCGUAUACGUGAAGACAUAAGUUCGUUACUUGAUAAAUAUGUUCAUGAGCGAAUGGAAAUGAGUCGAACAGGAAAUUCGAGUAUACGUUCGUCUGGAGGUAAAUUAGUAACAUUUGAAGAUGAAAAACGACCAAGUCGACCACAUUCGUAUGUUCCAUCAAUAACUACAACUCAUUUUCAACAACCAGGAAGUAAAAGCAGUUCAGGUCACCAUCAUCCACAUCGGUCAACAGAAACAGCGACGACUGUUCAACCAAAAACAAGACAUGACUAUAGUAAACCAUCAACUCAAUUACCUUAUUCUACUAUUAGUCAAAUUGUGCCGAAUUCCAAUAGAUACAAUGAAUCUCCAGAAGAGGAUGUUAGCCUGCCGAGUACAAGUGAAAAUAGUGACGAAGAUACUCCGCCCCCUACAACUCCAGGUAUCGAUAUACAACCAUCUCCGAGAAAAAACAUUCCCACUACUAGUCUUCCGACUAUAACUACGCUGGUAACAUCGAGUAUGAAACCAUCAAUAGCGCGACAACCUGUACAUAUACCAGAGUCAAAUAAAUGGUCGGAGGAGAGUGAAAGUGAAAGUCCAAGACCAGCUGGUGUAGCUGAUAAAACAAAAAUUAUUGAAAAAAAAUUAAUUGAUUCACGUUCGAAAGCACAAAAACCAUCCAUAGGUGCUAUUGCUGUUGGCUUCCAUCCUACUCGUGAAACAUUAGCCACACACAAUGAUGAUGAUAGUGAUUCGUCUUUAACAACAAUUGAUCAAACAGAUCAGAAUCGUGUGGGUGGGGGACAUUUACCACAAAUAUCUGGUCGGGCGCGUGACCGUCAAGUAAUUACGAACAAUAACUAUCAUUCAUCUGCUGAUGUGUCACAUAAUACGUACGAUGAUUUAUAUAAAUCUCAAUCGAAACCUGAUAAAGGCGUUGAACGUCGACCACCAACGGCUGAUAGUGCAAAAACAUCUAAUUUUGACUCUGAUGUUGAUCUUGAAGAUUAUUAA